GAUGUUAUUAGGUGGUAUUUACUGUAGGUGCAACACACAAGGUCUUAAUCUGUGACAUCACCACUGUCUGUGUCACAUCGAGGAUUUGUGGAGUAUAAGAUUAGAGCUCUACGUCGUCAUAAAUCUCUGCUUCCCAUUUCAGCCGGGUGGUGGCGGAUGGGACAGUUGCAAGGUGUGGUCCGUGGUCUGAGGAUUUGGUGGAUAAAAAGUUUGUGUGUCUGUGUAGGGUUAACCUCUAUGAAGUUUUUUUUUCAGACCCGAAAACGUCUAAUUGUCGCAUUCACGUGGCUUGAUGCUCUCAGAUUUUUUUUAGGCUCGAUGAAGCUUGUUCUUUUUUGAGAACAGAGUUUACCCAGAACUUUUUAUGGUGCUCUUCGGUGGUUCUCCAUGAUGAACUACUGCAUACCAGACAUGUAUGAGAUGCCUCAUGUUGGAGUCGGAGGCUACACGAUGCAGGGCAGUGGUGAACACUGCAUGUACUCGGGUGAGGGUCCUGGGUAUGGACACUGUGAGCCCCAGCCCCUGCACCAUCCGCCCUGCAUGGAGCAGGCUUGGCUGCCCAGCCAGCACUACUCUUGUUCAUACGCUGGUGUUCCUCCUGUUUUUAAGAGCGAAUUUUGCGGCAUGGAGAUCCCUCUUAGUCAUUGCCACCAUCAGCCUGAGUAUUUCCCUGAGAUAAAACCUGACUUCUCACACCUACAGUGGAUGCAAGGGGCGCACAAAAAAGGGUACAUACCAAGUUACCUGGACAAGGAUGAGCUAUGUGUAGUGUGCGGGGACAAAGCCACAGGCUAUCACUAUCGCUGCAUUACCUGUGAAGGUUGCAAGGGUUUCUUCAGGCGGACAAUCCAGAAGAAUCUUAACCCAACCUAUGCUUGCAAAUACGAGGGGAAAUGCGUUAUCGACAAAGUGACCAGAAAUCAGUGUCAGGAAUGUCGCUUCAAGAAGUGCAUUGCAGUGGGAAUGGCAACCGAUUUGGUGUUGGACGACAGCAAAAGGCUGGCCAAGCGGAAGCUGAUCGAGGAGAACCGGGAGCGCCGUCGGAGGGAGGAACUUCAGAAGACGGUGUGGGACCGACUGGAGCCCACCCAGGAGGAGUGGGACCUCAUCCGUAUGGUGACUGAGGCCCAUAUGGCCACGAAUGCCCAGGGCAACCACUGGAAGCAGAAGCGGAAAUUCCUGGUCGAGGAAGCUAUGCUUCUUAAUGAAAUAACAUGUAAUUUAUUCUAUACUUCUGACCAGAGUGCAGCGGGGGUGAAUGAAACUAAGCCUGAGGAUAUUGGUCAAGCGUCCAUGGCCAAUGCACCUGAAGGAAACAAAGUGGAUAUAGAAGCCUUCAGUCAGUUUACAAAAAUUAUCACCCCUGCCAUAACCCGAGUGGUGGACUUUGCCAAAAAACUGCCUAUGUUUUGUGAGCUGCCUUGUGAAGACCAGAUCAUUCUGUUGAAAGGCUGUUGCAUGGAGAUCAUGUCACUGCGAGCUGCUGUUCGCUAUGAUCCAGAGAGCGAGACUCUCACGCUGAACGGGGAGAUGGCGGUUACUCGGGGUCAGCUGAAGAACGGAGGCCUGGGCGUAGUCUCGGAUGCCAUCUUCGACCUUGGCGUGUCGCUGUCCUCCUUUAACUUGGAUGACUCUGAGGUGGCUCUUCUCCAGGCUGUCAUCCUGCUUUCAUCCGAUCGGCCAGGCCUGAGUAGUGUGGAGCGAAUCGAACGCUGCCAAGAGGAGUUCCUGCUGGCCUUUGAACAUUACAUCAACUACCGCAAACACAAAGUGGCGCAUUUUUGGCCCAAGCUGCUAAUGAAGGUGACGGACCUGCGGAUGAUUGGCGCCUGCCACGCCAGCCGAUUCCUUCACAUGAAAGUGGAGUGUCCCACCGAGCUAUUCCCUCCUCUCUUCCUGGAGGUCUUCGAGGACUGACCAAUGGAUUUUAGUGUAUGUGUGUCUGUGUGCAUGUACGUGUGUGUGUGUAUGUGUAUGUGUGUGUGUGUGUGUGUGUGUGUGUGUGCAUCCGUCAGCGCCUGGGCACCCUGGUGGUCUCAGGGGUGGAACCAGCAGAAGGCCCGUCACAACAAACUUUCUAUUAGCACUACUGAGUGUCACUUCAUUCCAUAAGUUAGGAGUAGCUCUCUGGUCUAGUUUUGGAUGGAACCAUUCCUUACAGUGCGGGUACUUUUUUUUUUUUUCUUUCUUUGUUUUGUUGUUGUUAUUGUUGUGGAUAUAACCUCUCACCUCGGAUAUGUGUUGAUGAUUGUACAGUUUGCAUUAUGGUGAUUUUAUCAACACUUGUUUAUUCAUUAGAAACCAUGCAAAUGUUGUAUUUUCCUUCCUUAAUGUUGACAAAUUCAAAAUGGCUGCUCACCUGACACAGAUUUGUUAGCCUUUCCCCCAUCUGCUCGACUUUAUUGGACGUAUUUGUUGGUUAAUAUAUUAGUUGUCAUAUAGUCUUUCAUCCAUCUGGUGAGUGUCUGAACUGCUCAGUGCCUCACCAUCAUUCUGCGACCUGUCCCGUUAACAGCAACACUCACUCUAAUGGACAGCAGCUCACAGGUCUUUAUAAGUCUCUGCGUCGCCACUCAUCACAACGUUAACGUCAUCCUGCUGCAUUCCAGAGAUGUCAGGAAAAUAUGAAUUUGGCAGCAGAACAGUAACUCAAAGCAGAACUCCAAGUAAGAAACUUUGAACUUUUCUGAGACACCAUUAUUUAACGUCACGUCUACAUAGCAACAUACACUGUUAAAUAUUGCUAAAUAUCAUGGACAAUAUUAGCUUCUGCACUGCGACAGCGUACUAGGGCCAUUGCGAAUGGGGAAAAAAACCCCACAAGAUUUAUUUUGGAAAUGCAUGAACUGUAAGUCGUUUUGGACAGAAGGGUCUGCCAAAUGAAUGUAAAGAAUGUUUACUAUACGCUGAAUUGAUGAGUGGAUGGUAAUGGGAUGAGACAAAGGACAUAAAUCAGUUUCUAGGAGGCAUUUAUGUUCUUACAUAAGCUCUUACCCAACCUCUUAUGAAACUGAUCGGUUGGGGCUCUAUAUAUAACAAAUGCAGACUUCUCUUUAAUCAGUUAACAGAAAAAUAAUCUGCCACAUUUUUCUAAUAUUUGAUUAUUAGUUUGUCAUUUUUCAAGCAAAAAACAUUCUCUAGGUCCAGCUUCUCAUCUGUUUCAGCUUUUCUUUGUCUUUUGUGAUAGUAAAUUUGAAUAUCUUUGGAUUAUUGAAGAUUGGUCUUACAAAAUAAGCAAUUUGGGCACAUCACCUUGACCCCUUUCAAAUUAAAUCGGGCAUUUUCAGUAUUUUCUUACGUUUCGUAAACCACAAGAUUAACUGAUUAAUCAAAAGAAUAAGCAGGAGAUAAAUCAGUAGUCAAGAUAGCUAGUAGUUGUAGUAGAUUAACAACUGCAUCAUAUGCAGUAUAAGCCAGCACUUGAAAUAGUGGAAAUAUCGCAGGGCCCAAGAAUUUCUCCUAUUCCAUGGCCCUAAUUCUCUAUCGUAGCUAUGUUUGGGUGAAGAGAAUCUUGCACGCGUCUGUGUUUAUUGCCUUCAUUUCUACAAAGUGAACCGUGGCAACACAGGAAGGGUAUAAUUCCGACCUGACUACUGUUGAUUCAGACUUCCAACAUUGAAAGGAAUGCAGCAGUGACAUUCAAAUGAGCCUGUGCAUCAUCGCCAGAAACUGGUCCGGACUAACUAAAGCACACAAUGACACUGAUGUCAGGAAAAGACAAUCAUAUAGUACUCGUUUUUGUGUAACAAUGCCACAUGCUGUGCCAAAACCAAGUGAAUGAUGCCCUCCUUAUUUAAUCCCUGCUGGGCUUUCACAGCGAUACCAACUCUUGACUGGUUAUGCAGCAACUAGUUAUUGCAUGCCGCUCACAGAGUCGCUCCUCUGACUCGUGUUUCAGUCUACGUUAGCAGCUUCGACUACACAACCAGUAUGAAUUUUAAGUGUUUCAUCUCGGCCACGUUGCCUCAGUAGUCACACAUACAAUGAUUUCAGCCAUUUUGUUUUGUUUUGUUUUAUUACAACUCCCUGCAAACGGGAGACUAUGUUUAAACCGUGACGUCAUGGUGCUAUGGUGGGUUGGGGAAAUAGCUGAUUUAACUGUCAUGUUAUCUACUUGCAGAAAGUAACAGUAUCUGUUUGUAUAAAAGCCAACCACCCUCUUAUGAUGGCACGCAUAUACACUAACACACAAACAUGCACAGAUACAGUACAUACAGUAUACCUUUACACAUACUGUAUACAUGCACAUAUAUGCAUGUGCCUAAAUAACAUAUAGGUCAGACCCCACCACUGUGACCAACCAGUGAGAUUUUGAGGCCAAAUGAACAUUGGCUGGCCCAAAAACAGUAUGAUUCAUCAUCAGCAAGGUAUACUGAGAGAGCUGGUGAGAUUGUGAAAAAGUAGCGCUCUGUCCUUUCUUCAAUUUUAGCCCAUAUGUUCUUUUUUUGUUGUUCUAAAAGCUUCUCUAUGGUAUUGUUGUUUGCAAUGUGACAAACAUUUGCUUUGUAUAUCUCGCUUUUUCAAGCUUCACACUACUCCUCAAAGCCGCUUGUGUUUUUUUUUUUUUUGUUUUUGUUUGUUUGUUUGUUUGUUUGUUUGUUUUUCUCUUUUCUGUGAAGUGAUGCCUUUUAUCAAAGCAAUAGACUUGCUGCAGUGUUUGAAUGACCCGGACCUCACACACACACCUCGCAAACUGUACAGACUCAAUAUAAAUGCACAGACAAUCAGAGGGAGAGAAAUGAAUGGGGGAACAGGCACCCAGGCUCAGACGGUCCGGUUGGCAUGUAGGGCCGGGCCGUGCUGAGCCAGAGCCAUUUGGAAAAGUAACAUUGGCUACGUUUCCAUGCACCCCUGAUGUCCGCAGUCCUGUUUGAAUUCAUCCUCAUGUUGUGUGCAGGAGCCUUUAAUAACCUGUGACUGAGCCUGCCCUGUGACCUAAAAUCAUUUGUGAAUGUCAGAGGCCACAGGCAGCGACAAGACAGACAAGUGGGAUAAUGUUAAAUAAAUUUAAUCAGUUAUUACUACCAGGAGCUAGCUGCAAAAAAAAUCACAGAUGGUAGACUGAUCUAUAGCAUUAGGUCAGUCUUAAUUUUGUUUUUAGACUAGUAUAAUGGCCUUUAUCCACCAAAUAGUCCCAGGAGCUGAACUCAGGAACGAAAUAAGGACCUAAAAGUCCCUCUGGUGCAUUUGUGUUGCAUUUCAAUUGCAUCUGAAGAACCAUAAAGAUUAGACUAGCAAAUGACAUUAGCAAAUUAGACCUAAAAAGGAUUAAAAGUGAGAACUUUGGUUGAGACUUGAUUUUUUUUAAUGCAAUGAGAUGACAAAACUGUCAUCUGGUUGUCUUUUGUGAUUUACGAUUGCAUGACUGUUUGAUGUUCUACUUUAGUAUGUAACAACAUUGAAUCAAAAUUCUAUAGUUAGCCUGCUCUCUCUUACCUCUUUUUUAAACUUUUUAGACUUUUAGACUAGUCUCAGGAAUUCGGCUGCAUACGUUUCUUUGAACAUCAACAACAUUUUCAAAAAAUUCCCAUGCUAAGCCCCAGUAUGCUAGCAACAACUACAGCUUGCUCGCUUGCAGUCUGAAUGAAAGUUGUACACGUGCUGUAGCAGUUUGUAUGCUUGUGUUUGACCAGUCACUGACAUACAGUACUGUUAACACCACAUACUACCUCAGGAGCAGGGACUUUUUGGAGGGCGCAAACUGUGGCCUGGGAACCAAAACUGGACGUUCCUGCAGUCAAAAUGCAAGUUAAGUUCCUGAGUUUCUGUAAAUGUUUCUGGAUUCCUGCACAGGUAAAGCGCCACAGUGAGAGUUAAGACACUUGCACAAAAUAAAAAGUGAGUCAUUUUAAAGCCGCAUUAAUUGAUUUUUAUUUUUUUUAAAUUAUUAUUCUGUUUCUGCCAGUGGUGGGCAGAAAAAGAGCAGCAUUAACAUUCAUUUGAAGUCAUAUUUGUGUCCACCUGAUGAAUGUAAGUCCAAUAUUCAUUCUCAUUAUUGUAGAAAGAAGAAACAUCUGACCUUUUAGCUGCAAGAUGUUCAGCUUUCUCAAAAAGUUAGUUGCUAACUUGACAGAGCAAACAGUGGGUUGCCAGAAACCUGGGAACAGGGUUGAUGAGCUAUAAAAGACUUAAAUCGUACGUUGCAGAGUUGGGUAAUGGUUCUCUGUGGUCCCCUUUCACAAUAAACAUUCGUUGCUAUUAAAUAUAUUGAUUAGCAGACUUUAAAGCCUAACGUUAGCCACUGUAUAUCAGGACUUUUUGUGGGAACAGUCAUAACAAUACCACUGUUGAACCAAUUAACUGAGCGUCGCAUUCUUUAGCUUUUCCCAAAUCGAGGUUUGUGGAAUGUUUUCAUCCAUUUCCUUCGGUGGACUUGUAUUGAGGAGCUAAACCUAAAGGGCCAGUAUGGACAGGAGGAUUACUGUGACCAAGUACUCUCCCUUCCUGCUUAUGGGCAGUGAGUAUUGAAUUGCGAUAGGCUUCAACAAAAUCUGAACCUGCUGUUUGUUUGAAGUUCAUCAAGAUUAGACUUUUGUGGAAUUGAAGAAUUUAGAAUGUGAAUUAUAAUUAGAUCCACAUUAUAUUCAAAGUCAAUCUAUGCAGCCAGUAUGAACUAAUUUCCCUUACUGCGCAUUUAAGAAUGUGCAAAGGAGAGCCAAAAAUCAAAGUUUUAAAGGUAAAUCCAAUUUCUAAUCCAAAUUACAGUAGUGUUCUUUAGUCAUGACAUUUCAUCUUAUUUCUCAUUAGAAAUUGGUACUUAGAAGUGUCAUGUUUUUCAGCUUAUUCAGUCUAUAAAAGAAAUGGACUGUUAGCUCAACCAGGGUGGGUUUUUUUUUUUUUUUUAUGGCAAAGUAAGGUACCAAAACCUCACCCUAAAAUCAUUAACAGUAAACUCAAAGUUUCAAUAAUCAGUUUUAGUGUGCCGUUCAGUGGUAGAACUCCACAACAACCUGAAAAUCAUGCGUUUUAACAAAUUAUGUACUUAUAAACUUGACACGGCUACAGGUUAGCAAACUAUUUCGACUUAUACACCUAACAGAUGUGGAGCUACUUCACCACUAAUUUAUGGAGUUGUGAUUCUGGUGACCUGAUGAAUGUAAGUCUAAUAUUCAAUCUCCCUCAGUCACUGUUUUGAUCUUCGACGACCUCUGAGAGAAAUAUCUGGCUCAUUUAGCUGCCACUGUAAGUUACCAGCUUGUCGCUACCUUUUACCUGUCUGCCAUGUGGUGCUGAGCGAGUAGUGUACAGAUGAUUUAGCUGCGCUUUCUUCUGACAACAACUGCCUGUUUGAGUUGAUGAGAGCGCUUCGAGAGAUCCAAAGCAGUACAGAUGUGGGCCACAAAACCAAAACAGUGAGCUGAGAGAUGGUAAAAUUCUCCACAGAGUUGAUGGGAACUGAGUCAGAUGAUAAUCCUUUGUGCGUUCAUCACAGUAAAUGAUACCCUUUACGUUACAGGUAGUCAUUUGGCUCAUUUUUCAUAUGAAAAUAAUAAUUAGUGCAGCUAUAACUCAAAUCAAAAUAGAAAUUUGAGUAAACAUUACAAACCAUAACUUUCUGUAGUCUACAUGUAUGAUGCAAAUGUUUGUGUUUUUGUACAACGCGUACAAAUUGGACUGAAUGGCCCGAGGAAAAUGUUUGAAAUGUACAUGUCACACAACCAUAAUUACUUGAAUGAUCAUAUUUAGAGAGCUGUUGGUGCAUGUAAACAUAGUCAAUGCUGACUGCUGGUUCAGAAAGUGUUUACUGUUCCUGAAGAGGUGCCAGUAUGCUGUUAUCUCUCCCACGAAUUGUUACUUAAUGUUACUCAGUUAUAAACCCAUAACAAGAGUUGCACCAUAGAAAAGCUAUUUUACAGUACAAAGGAAAAAGGAUGUAUAUUUUCAAACUGCAGAUUUUUUUUUUUACGGAUGUUGUUAGCAUAAUAUGAACAUACUGUUUUGCAUAGCAUAAAAAAAAAAUGGUAUCUUGCUCUUAAAUACAUUUCCACGUCUCCACAAAAGAACUAUGAGCACGAUGUUAUGAAUCAUUAAAAAAAAACACUUUAAUUAGUGCAGCAUUAAUUAUACGAUUUAAAAAAAUAAAAAAUAAAAAAAAAAUAGAUUACUGUAGCUGGACUUCACUGUCAGUACAAAGCAGCACAGCUACAUAUGAACACAGUUAAGGACAACUUCUUGGUCAACGUGUAUCCAGCAUCAAAAAAAAGUCAUCCACCGUCAACACAGAUUUCUCUCCUUGUGUGUUUGAGUGUCUUCUUGUUCAACUCAUCUGUUCAUCAUGUACUGGAAAAACCCGUCACGGAGAGAAAGGGCGUGAGAUUAAGUGUGUGGUUAAGGUGUAGGAGUGAAUCUGUGGCAGCAAACCAGAAGAUGCAGAAAGUUCUUUUCCAAAUAUGCUGUCUUGCACUCUGCAUUUGACUGGAUAUAUUGUCCAGUGAUCCACUGUCCAGCUCCGGACAGUGACAGUGCUUGGACAUGAGCGUGGAGGAAAUUAUUUGCUCAUGAUUAACAAAGAUUGCAGCUAAUGUGAAUUGGCUCUUGAGAAUAAAGAUGGUUUUGAGAGACUUGGGUUUUGGUGCUUUUGCUUCUGUUGUCAUUUAAUAUGAAGUGAAUUUUCUUACACAGCAUUUUAAUUGUUGCU